AUAACCGUUGACUGGUUCGGUUGCUGUUGCAGUAGCACUUGAGUGUGAAAUUCAGUUCCUGUUGUGCAUUUUAUCUUACUUUGUUUUAAAUAAGUGACGUACAAAGAGCGCAUCCAAAUAUUCAAUAAAAAUAAAUAACUACAUAUAAUGCUGUUGAAGCACCUGGCUCACUGGUCUUUACUUGUGUUGUGUGAUUGUGUGUGUAUGUUUUUUAAAUAUGGCGCGCACUGCGUUUGAUGUGCAACGGGACUUUGCUCUCAGUAGCGGACUGCGCUCGGAAAUUAUUUGGGACUCCCUGUCGGCGCAACAGUCCGAGGUACUGAAACAAAAGAUUACCAAUAUAAUUUGCGAGUCAAAUGCAAGCAAAAAUGUCAAACAAUUGGAGAGGCAGCGACAACAGCUCUUCGACAACGUUUGGAAACAAAGGAUCUACACCAAUGGCACACUGCUCUCCAGCAUUAUCUAUGUGCUGGUCACUAGCGAAACGAAUGCCCAGCUAGCACUGCAGUCCACCAGCUUCAGCUGUCAUCCCGUAGUGCGCACCAGGAAAUGCAUUCAACCUUCGACGGGUAACCGAGACAGCAGUGAAAACUGUUGCAUGAUCUUCAUCGAUGAGCUGGGUCGCGUCUAUCCGAACUGGUCAAGCUAUCUGGGCAACAACUCGCUACCCAAGGGCCUGAUGAUAGCCCCUCAAUUGGGCAUCUACACAUUUGGCGGCGCUGGCGAGGAUCAGAUGCUGCUCACAGUGCAAGCGACGCCAGCAUCGUGUCUCAAGCAGCAACUGCUGCAUGUGGGCGACAACAUUGCCACUAUGGGUGGUCUAGUGGCCACUGUGCCCGUGGCUGCCACGUUGGCGUUGCCAGUGGCGGCGCCGCUACUAAUUGCUGCCACCGUGGUGGGCGUGUCAACGGCCGCCUACAGCACAAUACGUUCGGUAGGACGUCUGAUCGAUCGUCGCUGGCACGCACAGUCCACAUCGCUGCGUGAUCGCGAAGCACGCACCAGCUGGCUGGGCGUGGCCGGAGGCGUGGUGGGUCUCGGCGCCACAGGAGCCACCACAGCGCUGACAGCAUUUGCGAGCCGGGCAAGUUUGGGCACACAGCUGGCCGUGCGUGGCAUCAAUGUGUCGUCCGUACUGGUAUCGGGUGGUGGUGUGCUCAACGGUGUUUUCGAGCUAUAUCUGAAGCUACGCGAUGAGGAGCCCUUGACGCGUUACGAUGUGCUGCAGGUGGCUAGCAGUUUGCUCAUUUUUACCCACUCUGUUAACAACCUCCGCAUCGCUGCCAAGGUCUCGAAUGGCGCAAGUUUGCGCCGUGCUUUGCGACAGCAGACGCGCAAAGCCCUGAAUCGCAUUUCGCAGGAGUCGAGCAAGCUGCAAGGUGGCGGCAAGAAGUUUAAGCUGGACAUUGUGCGCACUUUGAACGAUAUUCCCGUGAAGGAGGCGCUGCUGGGGCUGCACAAGCUACACUCACAUCUCGCCCAAGGUGCCACAGUAUUAACAGCCGUUGGAGCAGCUGCCGCUGGUUUGUUGCCCAGUUUUGUUGUGACUACUGAAGAUGGGGAGAUGCGUCUUGAUGUGGAACAGUUGGCCGCCCAAUUUGGGCUCAAGUUUGUACGACAAAUUGGCAAUUUGGGCAGCUUUAUGGAUGUGCUGGACGCCACGUCGCGUUACUACAGCGAGCAGGCAACACAGUUUCUGUUGCGCUUAACGCGCACUUUUAUGGAGCAGCAAGUGGAUGGCAUUGAUCGCCGGCUCAACACGUUUGUCUCCACCGAACUAGUGCUGUAUCGUAUCCUGAUGCACUGCAUCAACAAUUAUCAGCAGCACGCCGCUGACUUUCUGGAGCGACGUCGUCAGCACAUUCUCGACGUGGUCAACAACUAUUUCGAAUCACUGCAACCCGAUCCGGAAACGGAGCAGGGCCAGAGCAGGCGACACAAUUGUAACGUCUGCCAAGGCAUCUACUAUGUGUCUACUUUGUGAACGUGUGCCUCAGAAAUCAAUUUGUCACUUAGAGAUUAAGCUUAAUUCCCACAUUUUACUUUUGUUUGUAUUAAAGCUGACUAUUAUUCUUGUCUUGUCAUUUGA